GCAUGGAGCAGUCAAGAACGAGGACACCUUCAAGACCUCCCCGUUUCAUUUUGAUCUGUGGUUCUACUUCACUCUGCAGAACUGGGUGCUGGACUUUGGGCGUCCCAUUGCGAUGAUAAUUUUACCUUUGGAGUGGUUUCCUCUGAACAAACCGAGUGCUGGAGAUUAUUUCCACAUGGCUUACAACGUUAUCACACCGUUUCUUCUGCUGAAGCUCAUCGAGAGAUCCCCCAAGACCUUACCGAGAUCAAUGGUCUAUGUCAGCAUCAUCACAUUUGUCAUGGGAGCCAGCAUCCACUUGGUCGGAGACUCCGUAAACCAUCGCUUGAUUUUCAGCGGCUACCAACACCAUCUGUCUGUGAGAGAAAACCCCAUCAUCAAGAACCUGAAGCCAGAGACCCUGAUUGAUUCCUUUGAGCUGCUGUACUACUACGAUGAAUAUUUAGGUCAUUCGAUGUGGUACAUCCCUUUUUUCCUGAUACUAUUUAUCUAUUUCACUGGCUGCUUCACCCCUGUCGAAGAGGAGAGCAGGAUGCCAGUGGCUGCCUUGCUUCUGAUGGGGCCCAGCAGCCUUUAUUACUGGUAUCUCGUGACGGAGGGUCAGAUUUUCAUCCUCUACAUUUUCACUUUCUUUGCCAUGAUGGCUUUAGUGAUGCAUCAGAAACGCAAAGGACUCGUCCUGGACAGCAAUGGGCUUUUUCUCUUCUAUUCCUUCAUCAUAACACUGAUCCUCAUCGCUCUUUGGGUGGUUUGGCUGUGGAAUGACAAAAUUCUCAGGAAGAAAUACCCUGGUGUGAUCUAUAUCCCCGAGCCGUGGGCAUUUUACACCCUGCACAUGAACAACCUCCACGCAGCAAAGGAAAGUUUUUAAGUUUUGAUAUUUUAGAGUGAUUUGAAGAAAAAA